UAACAAGGAAGCACCACCACACUUAAUGGUGAGCUAUAGCUAAACAGAGGAUUUGGGUAAAAAGAGAAUGGGCCAUCAAUGUUGCAGCAAGCAGAAAGUCAAGAGAGGGUUAUGGUCUCCAGAAGAAGAUGAGAAACUAAUCAAAUUUAUUACCACUCAUGGUCAUGGUUCUUGGAGUUCUGUUCCAAAGCUAGCAGGGCUGCAAAGGUGUGGAAAGAGUUGCAGAUUGAGAUGGAUAAACUACUUAAGACCAGAUCUCAAAAGAGGCUCUUUUACUGCCCAAGAAGAGAAAACCAUCAUUGAUAUUCAUAGAAUUCUAGGCAAUAGAUGGGCUCAAAUAGCUAAACAUUUACCUGGUAGAACUGAUAAUGAGGUCAAGAACUUCUGGAAUUCAUGCAUCAAGAAGAAGCUUAUUGCACAAGGGUUAGAUCCCAACACUCACAAACUCCUAUCUCCUAAUUAUAAACAAAACUAUAACAAUACUAUUGCAUGCAGACCCUCCGCAGAUUCUCAUUACCAGCCCACCUUCUCUUCAUCAGUUUUCACUGUAAGUUCACAAAUGAAAGAUUUUUCCAUGGACGUGAAGAAAACUCCCUUUACCCCUUCUAUUCCUUCUCCUGAUGCUAAUUAUUUCUGUCUUCAUCCAUUGCAUAUUUCGUCAACCAUAACAACCUGCUGUGUACACCAAAACUCUAAUAUACAAGCUUUCUUGGAUUGUGCAAGCCAAUCUGUAACAAUGGGAAGUAACCCCAUAUCCUGUUCUACUUCAAAUCCAUCUGGUGCUGGGAUCAUAGAAGAGAAGUGCUUGUGGAGUGGUGACAUAGAGUCUACUCAAACCUUAAGACAUGAGCAAAUGCAGGUAGAGCAAGUAGUUGAAAUUGAGAAAACCAAUGAGUUGAAUGCUGGGCAGAACAUGGAUGCGUUGUUUGAAAGCUCUAACUUUGAUUUUGAUUUUGUGGAGUGUACACAAAUGCCUGAGAUGUAUUAUAGUGUGAGGCCUAUAGAUCAAUUGACAUGGGAUUCACAGGCCUUGCAAUAACAAAAUAAACCAGUAUCUUCUAAUUUCUCUAUGUGCGGUCGUAUGCUUCUUCAAUAGAUAUUGUAAUAUUU